GCCAGUGCUAGUGCCAGCCAGUGAUUUGCCGAUGUGAUGUGGAAACAACAAAGUCUCCAGUUCUCAUUUCUGUACCGUGCCUGUUUUCUCCUCGACCAUGACAACGACGAGCCACCGAGGCAGCGCCUCAUCGCCAGAUCCCACCACGGCGUCGGCGAUGCGUAAUGUUGACCCAGCGUCUGAGACUCUUCGGGACAUGACCGAGAGCAGGCGAGCUUUGGAGCUGCGUAGGUGCGUAGUCGUAAGAUCUUACAUGUCAUUGUACAGUACUCGCAAUCCAACGUUGACCCCUUGCCCUCUCGCCCUUGUCUUCUCACCCCCCCUCUCACUCCACCACCGGGCACCCCUCAACAUCACCUCCACUUUCUGCUCCACUCUCACAAAUCAAUUCCUAACUUUCUGUCCGCCAGAUUCUUUUCGCCUUCUCAAUAUUCCAAGCCUUCAGACGAUUUGGGCUUCAAUGAAAGUCUCAACAAUGACGGGGCGCUCGAUGCUUACGUCGAGACAGUCCUUUGGAGACUUCGCGGCAAACAUGCCAUGGUUAGGUGAGAUAUGCCCAGAAUUCCUCGUAUAUCCCAAAUCAUGGCUAACCAAUCUUUACCGAUAAGUCUUGUUGAUAGAGGUUAGUGGAAUGUUAUCAUACAUCUUCAAAUUUCAAUGGACGUUAAUCUUGUUGUAGGAACACAAUAUUUCCUUGCGGGUUCUUGUCGGAACGCUGCCAUCAAUGAUGAUGAUGACGACGUCGUUCAAGAUAGCAAAUGGUUUGGAUGCUCAACUGUGCCCACCCCAGGCGGCCUCUGCGAAGUACGCUCUUCAAUCAGUCCUCCUAUUGAAUACGGCUGAUACUCAUUAGAAUACACUUGCUUUAGACGAUGCAACUGAAUACCCGAUAUUCGUUGUCCCGGAUCUGUCUAAAGACGAGAGAUUUGCCAAUUUACCUGUUGUAAACGGCUCUGUUGCAUCAUUUAAGUUCUAUGCUGGGGCGCCAAUCACAACAGCUAGAGGAGUCAACAUCGGCUCUUUAUUCUUAUUUGACGACAAACCUCGGGAUAAAUUGUCGCUGGACCACAGAAAAUGUAAGGCUAUUUCCUCCUCAUUUUGCAUCAGAAUUGACUCCAAUUCAGUUCUUCACGCUCAGGCCUCUAAUGUUAUGAAACAUCUUGAGUCGAAACGAGAAGCUGCAGAACGGCGCCGAGUGACACUAAUGAGCAGGGGACUCGCUAUGUUUUUAGAGAAAACGUCCGAGGUGAACGAGGUUAGAAAUGUUGAUGACGAAGUAGAUGAUUCUGGGAAUUCAUUCCUCUCUGACGCCACAGGAAGAGAGCCAUCCUCUAUUUUGGAUAAAAUACGGAUGACACUUGAUCUCGCAGCAGAAAUACUUAAAGGGUAAUGAUACGAUUUAAUUGCUCCAUCUUAUCAGUUCUUAGGCGAAUGAGGGAUUAUCAUGUCAUUUCAACCCUUUUCAAAUAACAUGCUGAUAUACAUCUAUAGAUCGCUGGAGCUCAACGUUGGUGGGGUUGUCUUCUUGAAUCAUACAGAAUCCGACUACUCAGAUAACGCAUACAACGAUGCGUAUAUUGACAAUUCUACCGACCUUGGGAAGAAAGUCCAAAAAAUAGAAGACUCUUACGCAAAGGCACCUCCGUCGACAUCAUUUGGCGGAGAAUCAUUAUCUCAAUUUGCGGUUCGGAGCUCCACUGAUAAGCACAAGCCCGCAAAAAUACUCUCAAUGUCUGCCGCGAAGAUCGCAGCCUGGGAUCCUGAAUCAACGGUCUUGGACAGUAAGACCUUACAGACGUUUAUUAAAACCUAUCCUAAUGGCAAUGUUUGGUAUAUGGACGAGGAAGGGUACUUUACUUCUCUUGAGCAAAAUCAGUAAGUGUCCACUUCAAUGAUUCCUCGUUGCCUCACACAAAAUAUUUGAUGCCCUAGGAAUUGGUAGACAAGUGAAACUUUUGGGACAAUAUGAACAAAUCCAGAUGGUUAACAUGAUUGAUCUGUCUGUGUGUCUCCCCCACAUACCGAAUCAAGUGAAAGAGUCACCGACUUACUUGAGGAUGAGCGAAUAGCACGGACUUUUACGUUCGAUUCAAUCUAUACCCAGAUGCUAUUUUUUACGCUAUGGACUUGUUGUUUUGGGACUGACCACUUGAAUGCUUCACAGAUGCCAAGAAAAGGGCAACGCACCAUCCAGUCGCAAAGGAUCCCUAUCCCUAAGCGAUGCCACGAAGCAAGCUGCAGAAGCUGCAAUGCUCGGGAGUAUCUUUCGGAAAGCCAAGCAGAUCAUUUUCUUGCCAUUGUAUGAUGCAAGUGGAGGUGAAAACUUUCUUACUACCAACUUAGAUCGCAGCUAAAGUCUACUAGAUCGAUGGUAUGCCGGUUGCUUCGUGUGGAGCCUCUCUGCGGUACCCGUAUUCUCCGUGGAGAAUGAGAUAUCAUAUCUAUCUGCCUUUACUAAUUCCGUAAUGGUGGAGAUCAACCGCCUAGAUGCAAUUACCGCCAACAAGGUGAAGGGGGACUUUAUCAGUAGUAUUUCUCAUGAGUUUAGAAGUCCUCUGCAUGGGAUACUCGCUAGUGCCGAGUUUCUUCGCGAUUCUCCUUUGGACAGCUCCCAGACCGAACUGAUCUCCACCAUCCAAACAUGUGGAAAUACAUUGCUUGUAAGUAAUUUGCUUCGGGUUGGGCUCUUGGGGCUUACUGUCAUGUAAGCACACCAUAAAUCACGUUUUGGACCACAGCAAGAUCAACACUUUCGAGAAAACCGAUGACAAGGGUGGGUCCAUUCUUUUGACUCAAGCUGCAAAAAGAUACACGCUCAUUGAAAUAGUAGGGUUAUUAAAUGGCCUUGUCCAAAAAAUAAAUCUAGCACUACUCUGCGAACAAACAGUCAAUGGAAUGAUAGCUGCAAACGAAUAUCGCAGCCCUGCAAAAGAUUCUACGGCCGUAUCAGACCAUAUUUUAGAUCCUUACCAGCCUCAAACUCACCUCGGAAGACGCAAUCCUUUGGCCAUCAUAUUAGACAUUGAAAGUCGGAAAUGGUAUUUCAAAAUCCAUGCUGGUAAGAAUGUAUAGACCUUUACUCACUCAUUCGCUUACUAAUAAAUCCAGGGGCUGUGAGUCGCAUAAUCAUGAAUUUAUUUGGAAACGCACAAAAGUAUACCGACUCUGGUUAUAUAAUGGUACGACUAACAGUUCAGAAAUCCUCCGAGACAACCGAUAUCAUCAAGACAACUAACAAAACACUGCACUUAUGUGUCCGAGAUUCUGGACGGGGAAUGACCCCAGAAUAUAUGCAAAGAAAACUCUAUCAGCCAUUUGCACAGGGAGACAGUUUUGCGCCUGGUGUUGGGUUGGGAUUAUCUAUUGUGUGAGUGUCUCCAAUUUUCUAGCGUGGGGUCGGCUUCUAAUGUGCGUAGUUGGAGCAUCGUAAAUCAACUCGGAGGUAAAAUCCAAGUGAGAAGCGAGCUUGGGAAAGGAACUGAUAUCGAGGUCACCUUGCCUCUGGAAGACGCGGCAGAUAAUGAAGAUGUGGAUGACCAAUUGACGUCUAGUAAUCCUGUGGCUCGCUCAGAUGACGCUCAAAAUUAUAUUGAUACGCUUUGUAAGCGUGCUCCAGACAUACACAUGAGAAUAUACCGGAAACCACACGAAUCCGCAAAGCACGACGAUGCAUUUUGGGAGUGCAUCGAGCGAUAUUGUUCGGAUUGGUUUGGAAUUCAAUUUAAUCAAGGCUUGUCUCCUGAGCCUGAUCUUAUAAUUACAGACGAACAUGAUCCAUCCAAACACUCUUGCCCCAGAGUUCUGUAUGUUCACAACGCAAUAGUUUGUGAUACAUACCACGAUCGAGGCGAACAGAUAUCUGCAGACAUCAGCUCUCCUGUUGGACCAUUCAAACUCGCCAGGGCGAUUCUUCGACUUCUCGACUCUAAGGGGAUUUUCCCAAACCGAGCAGAUGUUGGGACACAGACUCCUCUUGGAUCAACAGAAGAACGGCUGGUGUUGAAUGGGAUCAAACUUACCGACUACGGCUUUCCACCGCUCUCGAUUUCCGAGGUGACGGAAACACCGGUGGCGCUCACUGAUAUUGAUGAGAUGUUGGAAGAACUCGUUCCCGCACCACUCACACCGCGGAAAACCGUGUCGUCAUUUAACGGGCUGCCACUUGUGCUACCCCCAAACCGGCGAGGUAACAUCGAGAUUCAAGCACCGGUCACAGCACCAAUUGUUGUUCCCCAAUACGUGAAGCCUGCGUUGGCGGUAUCUGAGAUACCUCCUACUAGUACGAGUACGGGCCUACGUAUCCUGGCGGUCGACGACAACGUCGUUAAUCUCCAGCUUCUCAAGCGCUACUUGCAGAAACGAAAACAGGAUACCAUCUCCACGGCGCGGAAUGGACUCGAAGCGGUCGAGGUGUUCAAAUUGGCUAUGAGUGACCCGGAGGAAAGAUUUCGUCGCUUUGAUGUGGUGUUUAUGGAUAUUUCCAUGCCAGAGAUGGAUGGGUUUGAGGCUACGAGGGUGAUUCGGCGGUUAGAGUCAGACGCCGGGAGGUCGGUGGCUGCGGAAAAGAGCGAGGGGAAUGGAGAUAGUGAUCGCAGGGCGUAUAUCGUUGCUCUGACGGGAUUGGGCAGUCGCAAGGAUAGGGAUCUGGCCGUGGAGAGUGGGUUGGAUGAUUUCAUGACGAAGCCGGUUAGUUUUGUGAAGAUUGGAGAGGUGUUGAGGAGGAUUGCGGGGGAGAAGGAGAGGAGGGGGUCGAUGGGCGGGUAAGUAGCUUAUUGGCCUGGAGAUGCUGGCUAGGUGUGGUUACUUGGGUUGUAUUAUUACCUGGUUUGAUGUAUGGCCAGGGUUUUGGGGAUAGAUCAUGCUGUGUGUGUGAAUGAAUAUACGAAUGGACGGACCCCAGAGUUGGGGGGUCUUGGUUGGUCGGUCGGCUUUUGUGUUGGAGCGUAGAUUAUGUUAGAUUUAUGAUGGAUAUUAUGAUACUCGUACUGUACAUAUCCUCUUGUCCC